GGAGUGAGGCAAGAGGGACUAGGGGAAAAAAUUAGAAAAGAGCAGAGAGAAUGGACAGUAUGUUUGGCUCUGCCAUGCUGUUGCACUGGAUAAAAAAUACUUCUAUUCAGUGUUCAGAAAUCUCUGUCUGUUUUCAGUGAGAGAGAUUAGGUUUUCCAGCAAACCUGCAGACAGAUGUGGAAACUGCUGCUUCUCUCACCACAUGAGGAAUCUGGAUAGAUCAACGUGGAGCCAGACGGCAGCCGCAUGCCACCUUGACCAGCACUAAGUUGUCCACGUUUGUCAAUCACUCUACAUUCAGCUCACUCCACUUGGUGAAGAUGUAGUCUGUUUAAUCUCUAUGGAGAUGUCUCCAAACACUUUUUCCUCUACCUUGCUGCCAUGGUCACUGUGCUUGCUGUCCCUACUGACUCCCUCAAGCCACACAGCAAGCUCUGUCCCAGCAUAUAAAGCGUCUUUGCCAAUCAAUACCACCUUGUUGUUCGACAGUGGCACUCCAGGCUACAACCUACGUAACUGUAGCUGCUCUACACCCAUCCGAGACUGUGAUGAGGCUCUGGCCAACUCGCUGUGCAGAUGCCACACAGUUCUGCGCUCCUCCCUGUCCCCUGCUCAACUCACAGAACAUGGACAACUCACUGUCUGGGUAAAGGAACUCUGGGUCCUGGAAGAGCUGCUGAACAGUAGCAUGGUUGGCCAUUUAUGGUUAUCUUUUUGUGGAAUAAAACCACUUAACAGUCAGUUUUUGGCUCUGCUGGGUCUACAGACACUCAGGAUACACAGUGCAGCACCAGAAGCUUCCUAUCCCAACCAGGAAAUUAUAGUCACUCCCCCAGCAGGGGCUGCAGCAGAUCUAGAGGCCCACUCCUUUGACUUCUCCUCCUCCUUUCACAUGACCUUUCUAGAUGUAGCAGUGCUCAAUGGGCUUUCUGCUCUGAAGGCUUAUAGUGUGGCAGGACCACUUGCCCCUGCCUUCUCCCAGCACUUCCCCCAUUUGGCCUUGCCCUACUCUCUGUUGUGCUCUACUGCUUCUGACCCUGUAGACCCCAGUGAGCAAACUGCAGAGCCUCUUCAGGACUUGCUCAUUACAUUUGUGUACUAACAGCUACUCAUUUUAAGACUAGGUCAAGACCUAGGUCUGUUAUUCAGUACAAGUAACAAAAAUGUGCAGGAAUUAUAUUUUUGUUUUCCUUUGCAAAGGAAAAGUUGCACAUCUUUGUCUGUGGAAUAUAUUGCAUUUCUUAUGACUGGAUGCUCUGCUGUCAUUCUGGCCUAAAUAUGGAAUUGGCCAGUGGGUCAGAAGAGGCUGACAUAUUUCUCUACCUGAUGCAUUAUCUUCCAGGAAGCUAUUGAUUUUUGUGUUUUACAUGUGUGCUACCUUCUUGCUGCUGUGUUUCUAUCCCUGAGAGGAAUAGUUCUAAAAAAAAAAAAAAAAAAAAGCAUCUGCACUUAUAAUGUAGGCUGACACAAGGUUUUGGAAUGUUUGCACCAGGUACAGAUUCUUAAUAUUUUGGGUAUCAUUCCAUGACAUAUGCAAUGCUGAUUUGUUUACCAGGGAGCUUUAACAACUCUGAUCCUCAGAUGCAGUUAGAGUCACGCUUUGCUUGUUAACUUUCUGGAACUGCUGCAUAUACAGGCUUUGACACCAUGGUCCCAAGGUGUAUUUACAGACAUAAAACAUUAUCCCAUAUUAUUGUGACAGUUGACAGUGACAGAUGAGGGCUAUACAUGCACAUUCAUAUCCUGAUGACAAAUGUUUGUUGCACUUGAGGCACCCAAUAAUUUAAUGUAAUGAGAAAAAAUUAUAGAGAGUAAAAGUCAGAACUGAUGGCUUCUUAAAAUGAUUACAUUUCCAAUCCAGUACCUAGUCCAUUAUAGAUCAGGUAGAAGCCAUUAAUUACCAGUUGUGGUUUGCUAGCUUGUCAAAAAAAAAGUCCCUUUAUCUGAUUGUAAAGAAUGCACUUCCAAAUAUUCAUUAUCAACUGCGUAUUGAGCUCCUAAUUAGCUACCAUAUAAAGAAUUUGUAAAUCAUUUAGUGCAAUUAAUGAGGCCUUUCGGGAACCCUGUAUACCCUGUAUAAUGGGUGCCUUAUAAGAAAAUUACCAGCCAAACAUAUUUUAAUAACCUGGCAUCCCAAAACAUUUCAUUGGUAAUGAUUUCCAAAAACAAAACAUUAGCAAAUGAUUUAUUCAUCAGAAAUAAAAUCACAAUUACAAGUGCUUUAUAAAGGGUGCUUUAUUAGAAAGUGAUACCCAUAUAUUUUUGAGACAUAAAUGACUUUUUGGAAAAGUAGCUUACAUACAGUAAAAGUGAACAGUAAAUAGGAUGAGAUGUUAUCAUGACUCACUAUUGGCACACUCCAACUGUUGCUUCAGUUUCUCAAAGUGCUUACAUGGAGUACUCCUCAAAUCAAUAAGUGACCGUUACUCUUUAUGGAUAAUGGCCUGAAAAUAUUUGUCCCCUGUGAAUUGUCUCCUCAACUUACAUUUGAUCCAGAUGAUAAGUAGUAAGAAGAAGGUGCUUUUGGCAUCCCUGAUGAAGGACCUAAAUCCUGCACAGUGAUUAUGAACCUUUUCUGACAAAGGUCUGAGGAGUGAUUAACACUUCGAAUGAUUUACAGUGAGCAAGACUUUGUGGUCCAUUCACAGUCAGAAUCUUUAUGAAUACUUUCUGGAGAACAACAUCUUAACAACAUCCAAGCAUACUUGUGACUGAAAAUUGUCCGAUGUGAUGAGAUAUCAGUUAACAUGUGAUAACUGUAAACAUAUAGCCACAGCUGUGCAGACUGCGCGCUGAUCUGCCCGCUGCUAGAGUAAUGUCUAAAACAAACCACAUGCUUGUUUUCAGUGACAGAUGAGAUGUUCUGAUCCCAGCUGCCAAGUGGGUGUUGGCUCUUUAUCCUCUGCUCUCAUCCAGGUGUUGUCACAUACAACAGAACAGCAGGAUAGCACUGACGGUAGGCAGUAGACUUUGAGCUCUUUGAUUGCGUUUGUUUCUUAAGUUCUUGAGUUAAGCAUGCAGAUGUGUGACAACUUAAAGGCAGAGGCUGGAAUAAAUGACUAAAGAGCAUAAGGAAAGCAGGUGUUUACAUACAGAACAUGAGGACUCACUGCAUGGUGUGAAUAUAAUGAAAAUGUUGAGGGAAUGUUUUUGGUAGGAUGGAGUUCAUCUCUCCAGUGGAACUUCAGAGGUUUUGAUCAUCUAUGAGAAUCCUGCUCCCAGCUAAAGAUGAGGACAGAAUUUGUUAACACAGCCAAGUCCACCAGAAACAUCCCAGUUGGAUUUGGUGUCUCACGAAGUAACAGGGAGUCAGCACUUCCCUCCAAGAAUUAGACACUUUAAGACCUGUGGCUGGUACAAACUAAGAGGAACCUGUCAAAGUGAGAACUAGGAAGAUAUCAAUGUUUUUGACCAAGUGCCAGUGGACAAAUGGAGAACGGUCACAUCGGAUAUUCAUGCCUGAUGCCAAAUGGCUGAUUAUUGAAGAGAGACAGGAGUUACGAUGAUCUACCCAUUUGUAGAAGCGCUUUUCCUUUUAUGGGUCAUGGGUUUUAAUAGACUGGUUACCUGUCCAGGUGUUCCCUGCCUUCGCCCUAAGUCAGCUGGGAUAGACUCCAGCCCCCCCGCGACCAUAGUGAGGAUUAAGCGGUGUGUAGAUAAUGGAUGAAUGGAUGGUCAUGGGUUUUUAACACUUCAAAGUCAUCAGAGACAGUUACAUUUGCAAAUAAAGAAUAAGCACUUAAAGCCGUUCUGGAGGUUUGUGGUGGACACUUUUGUCAGCACCUGUUUGUCAGUUUUUGAUUAAAUUUGUCACUUAUUUUUGCAUCAAGCAAGGAUGGCUAUGAAACAGCUCACCAGAUCAGAACACACCUGAAUAAUUUGAGGCCCAAUAGUGCCAGUGUUGGUAAUCUGGUAAACUAGUGCAAAGGUUGAAGGUUUCUAGUUGACUUUAUUCCUGCGAUGAAGGCAGCUGCUUGUUCUGCAGUUAAUUACUUAAUGAAAACAACCCAGCUCUGUUUUUUCUGAAACAGAACAAAGAUAGUGGCAAUAAUUUUUUGCAAGGUUGGAUUUCCUAACCCUAAGCCAAAAGGAUUGACCUCCCCAAAGCAAUUAGCUUGUGAUAAUUUAAUUGGAUGCAAAUGUGAUAAUGGCAUGCAUAUAGGAAGAACAACUGAAAACUAAGACAAUAUUAGCCCUCGUGUGGCUUUUGACGUUUUAUCAAAUCUGGAGUACCUGACUGGCCCGACGCCUAAACUUUUUCCCGUUUUAACCUUUUUUGAUCGUUGAUAUUAUGCUGUCAUUAGACAUUUCAUUUUAUAAACUUGUGUUAAGUCAAAUUAUCAUAAGUAAACUUACAUACACAAAAGGGUAGCAGUUUUUCUAGGACACAUUUAAGUCAGUCAAACAAGACCAUAUUUAAUGAAAAGGCAACUUUUUUAAAUUUUGCAUUCUAGAUUACAUAAUAUGGUCUAUCAGUGACAUUUUGUGGAUGUAUUACACCUGCUCCAUGUUAAAAUAGUGUUCAGGACAGUGCAUCAUAAAAAACAAGAUGUACUGUGGCAGCUGACUGCAGUGAAUGCUGGCUGGAACGCUUCCAGAGAAUCUAGAGUCGGGUCAGAGACUGCACCGGAGCUGGAUAACAUGUCUGGGAGGAAGCACUGAGUGCUUUGUCUUUUAAAAAAGUGAAUUAUAGUAAAUGCUGACUGUUGUUAAGAUACAGGGACAAAAACUGAAAAAAAAUGUUGAAGAUUGUGUAAGAAAAUAAAAAUGUAGAAGACGAGGAUUGUGUCAGUAUGCUGUGGUAUGAGCCAACUGAGAGGCUCAGUAGGCUCACUGUUAUGAAGGCUGCAUUCUGCUGCUGCGUUUUUCCAGCUGGUCUUAUUGAGUGCAGAUGGCCUAAUAAAACAAGUUGUUUUGAAACAGGUUAAAGUGGACGCCCAGUGAACAAGAGUCCCAGGGUUAGGAUCCUCUCUCACCAGCCAACAAAUCUCACUGUGUUUGGAUCAAAAUAAUGACUUAGACUCUACUGAGCUGGAUGAGUUGUGCAGUGAGUAACCCACUUAAAGCCAUGUUAGUGGGGCUCUGUAAGGGAAGAGCGGGAAGUCAAGAGGUUUGCCCAGAAUCCGGUUGGAGGUGAUUUAGUUAGUGUACAGCCGUUUGUCAGAAAUUCAGGAUAGAAACACGUUGUUUGUUUUGAUUUUUUUGAACUACUUUAACCAAAUUAGUGUAGAGUAGUUUUGUUCCUCUCUGAUUUCAUGCUCUCUGUCUCUUUCUCGUUCCUGCUCAUGUCCUGUGAGAGGGUUUGUGAAAGUUGCCCUCACAAACACAAACAGGGGAGAACACUUCUGUUUAGAAUAUUCAAGGGCUGUUCUGGGCUUUUAGUGAUCUUUGUAAAAGGGAAACCCGGCAGUUUACUGCACCUAUGUUGAGAUACAUGAAUAUCACACAGUUAAUGUUACACUGUAAUACCAUUUAUUUGAACUUUUUGCUGACUUAAUCUAUGUGCUGUCGGGUUCUGGGCAGGUCGUGUACUGUGGGUUUAUCAGUGGGUUUUCAUUAAAAACAGAUGCCCGCUGUAGCAAGCAGUAGGAUUAAACCAAAAGAGUCCAAUUGCCAGUCAAUGGUAUGCCAUCACAAAUAAUCCCUUUCACUUACACAUUGUGAUUUGAUCCAUCAUUAAUACUGUAGAAGAACAUUGACAUCAUCUAGUAAUAGUUAAAUGGUUUGCAUACAAAAAGAUGGGGAUGAAAUGAAGUUUAGCCAGCAUGGCAGUAUAUGGCACUGUGCCAAAUAUAAACAAGGGCUCAAAACAGAAGAGGUUAAAAAGUAUGCAAUUUUUUCAUUAGUUAGUCGUCAUUAGUUUUGUUAUUUUGAAUGAGUUUGCUUACAUGAACAUGAAUAUCACCUACAUGUGUCUGGCUCUGUGUAUCCAUGCUGCUGCAGCUAAAGCCUUAUUCGGGUAGGACUAAUAUUACCUGGGGACCUCAUGUGAUUUAAAAAUUACACCUCCACACUUGUUUACUCAAAUUUACUGACAAUAUCCACAGAUAGAAGAUUAACAGGCUGCCAGAUGAUAACUGUUGAGUCCACUGAAAGUAAGCAAAAUGUUCCUUACUGCAUGCUGCCAUGCAUGUCAUCCAUUUUCAGAGAUUUUGCCCUUCUGAUUUAUUUAUGCUUUUUGUGACUUGGUCUUCAUGCUGUGUAGAAACAUGAGCCUGAAUUUACACCUAAAAUACUCCAAACUUUAAUUUAGAAUUGUCAGCACAGCCUCCAUAAUUCUUGGGAAAGUGACAGGACAAAAGUAGAGAGAGAAAACAAAAAACUUGGCAAAAAGAAGAAAAAUGUACCCAAUAUCACAGAGAUCCUGAUUAACACAGGACAAAUGUGUAAGGUUACUUACAGUGGCAAUUUUACUUGAAAAAUUAUUUGCACUGGCUUAAAAUAACAGACAACUUCUGCAAAAUAUCCAUACAGUCAAUGGGUGUACUGAAGGUGUUAGUUUGACUCAUGUCACAACAUGGAAAGGGCUGAUAACCAGCAACCAACCUACAACCACCCAGCAGGGAGCAAUGGAGAUACUUUGGCUUCUUAUCUGAAGCGCUGUCCUGUUAGUCAACUUUACAUAAAGUUUAUGGUUUAAACAUGAUAUUCAUAAGUUUAUCCUAAGCUUUUUCACUUACCAUCACCACAGUAUAAAGACUUUAUUGUGUUUUAAGAUCCUUCUUUAGUCUGUUGAAUAUUUAAUUUGCUUUUCCCUGCCCUGUGACUGGCAGGCAGGGCUUUAUCCUGGCACUGAUACGGAUAUGGAAACAGAACGGUGAGUCUAGCAUCAGGCCUGUCAACAGUCGUACUCCUUUUCCAAAACAGCUGUGGGCCCUUCCUUCUUGAAUGGAAACAAAUUUUCAUUGUGCAACAGCCUAAAGUGUAAUUCUGUGGUUCUCCCAUUGGUUUAGCACAUAUGAAUGAUCAAUUAUUUUUUUCUCUACAUGCAAGCAUGUUGGUAUUGAAAGCAAUCCUGAUGCCUUCAGUACACCAUUGAAGCCAACAUUCACACCCAGAGUUCAGCACACAGACAUAUUGGGAGUUCUUCCACGAUAAACAGCAAUGGAAGCUGCUAUUUCCAAGCCUUUUGUGCAGCCAGGAUUCUGCCUUCCCAUCUGGUCAACUGCACAAUUACACACCUCCACAAGCAACCUUUUAAUGGCUGUCAGACAGGACGUUUAGAACAGGCUGUGAAAUUGUGUGCUCCUACAUCACACAGCAUUAAAACAUCUGGAACAUUCCACCACAAAAUGGUUGAAAGUGAGAUCAUGGGUUUUUUGGGUUUACCAUCACUCUUUCAUUCUUUAACCUUAAGUAAAUACAUCAGGAAAUGUAAUUAUUCAACUGUAUAACACCGAUUUGAUCACAUGUGACCCAUAUGUGGCCUAAGAUGACUUGUACGCAUUUUUGUAACCUUCUCACAUUUUCAGUGUCACGCGGAUGAAUCAUGCACUGUUUAGGGAGCAGAUUGUGUAUUUAGAAAUGCCUUUGUAGGUUUGAUUUGUAUAUAAUUUGUUAUUCGUUAAAUUGUUGUUAUGAGAAAACACUGUGGUCUGUUUGUAGGUCUCAUCCUGUGAUUGCCACAGUAUAUUGAGUGCCACACUGUCUAAAUUUCAGCCACGUUUUUUUUUUUUAUCACUUCUCAUUUCUUGUUUCACUUGAAGGAAUAAUACAGUUUAUUACAA